CGUUAGUGCUGCUAUCAGAAUACUAGUUCGACUUCUAACACACAGGAGACGUACAUACCUAGAGAUGGUCUUUUUUAAUGCCUUUUAAUUAAAUAGUUUGAAAGGAUACAGUAGUGUUUUGUUUUUGGGUACAGUAGCAACACCUUAACUUGUGGAGAGAUGUCGACGCGGUCGGAGAGAGAAAAAGCCCAGAAAUUGAAUGAGCAGCAUCAGGCCAUUCUGUCCAAAAUGCUCCGCGAGGACGACAACAAGUACUGCGCUGACUGUGAGGCGAAAGGUCCUCGGUGGGCAUCGUGGAACCUGGGGGUCUUCAUGUGUAUUCGCUGCGCUGGCAUCCAUAGGAACCUGGGAGUCCACAUUUCUAGAGUGAAAUCUGUCAACCUGGACCAGUGGACACAAGAACAGAUCCAGAGUAUGGUGGACAUGGGGAACAACAAGGCCAAACACCUGUAUGAAGCCCAUCUCCCAGACAACUUCAGACGGCCACAGACCGACCAAGCAGUGGAGUUCUUCAUCCGGGAUAAAUACGAAAGGAAGAAAUACUAUGACCAGAAUGGCCCCAAAACAGCUGCUAAGUCUUCUGAUGCUGCUUCAGGCUCUACAUCUCCUUCCUCUCCAGCUGCUGCUGCUGAGAAGAACAGACAGGAGAAGGAACGAGAGAAGAAGGAGGAAAAGAAGAGAGAAAAAGACCCUGAGAAAGUGAACAGACCAAGCUCCUCUGAGAAGAAGAAGCUGGAUCUUCAAGCAGACUCCAGAGCCAGUCCCAAGAGGACCCCGGAGCCGGUCAUUGACCUACUUGGCCUGGGUGGAGCUACAACCAGUUCCACCGCACCAGUUAGCGAUGAGGACAUCUUUGGUCCAAUGGUUUCCAACCCUCUGCCGUCAAGCGACAACACUCAGGCAGUCUCCAGUACAGCCUCGUCAGCGGGGUCAGCAGGGGGGUCGCUCGGCACUCCCCAAGCUGAGGUGGACCUCUUCAGUGAGAAGGGCAGCAGUGCCAAGACGGAGGAGGGGGCCAAGAAGCCCCUGUCCAAGGACUCAAUCCUGUCCCUGUACAGCACCACCACAGUCAGCCCCCAGCCUGCAGCCACAGCUGCUAUGUAUCUGGGCCAGCCUCCGAUACAGCAGUUCCCCAGUCAGCCUUCUGGACAGCCCAACUUCCAGGCCUUCCCAGCGAUGGGCGGAGCUAUACCACCCACCACCAUGAUGGGAGGGGUUAUGGCCCAGGGAGGUGGAGCAAUCAUGGCACAGAACUCCAGCAUGAUGAGCGGCAUGGCAGUGCCAGACGGUUACAUGGGCAUGCAGCAAGGCAUGAUGGGGCCUCAAGGCGGAGCUAUGCCUGCGGGGGCAGGAUCUUCACAGAUGUACGGAGCCAUGCAGCAGGGCCAGUGGAAUAUGAACCAGGUGACCCAGCAGAUGUCAGGCAUGGCCAUGAAUGGUGGGGUGGCAGCUCCGCCUGGUUUUGUCCAACCAGGUGCUCCCAUGGGAGGGUGGGCGGGGCCUCCUUCAGGCCAAACCCUCAGCACCCAGCUGUGGAAGUGAGGGGUGUUGGGGGGUUCAGAAUGGGAGAGCAACCGUGUUCCCCUUUCUCCUUUACCCUGCCCCACUGAGCCCAGAACAGGAAACAACACACGGAGGGCCAUCUACGGACUGCUUCCCUGUUCUCCCUCCUCCCCUUUUAUCAUCCUCUAGAGUCACCCCCCCCUUCUCCCACUCUGUGUGUUAAGAAGGGUAAAGGGCAAGAGGGUUGAGUCUCGAGGUGAAAACAGAUUGGCAGCUGUGUGUCGUCUGCAACUUUUACUUUCCCUUCUUUUUCCUGUUUCUUUCUUUCCUUUUUGUAAAACAAUAAGCUGCUGGACAAAUAAAACAGAGUAUAAUGAUCAUAAUAUAUCAUUACCUAAACUGAUACUGAGUAAAUAGAUAUUUAAGUGAAAGAUAUGGCUUUUAUGUCGGUGACUUUUCCGCCCCCUCCUCCCCAAACAGUCUUAUGUGUGUAUAUUAUACUGUCUCCUCCCAAUUGUCCCCCUGGGCCUAUCAGAGCCCCUGUAGCAAUGGUAUGAUCCAGUGCUGUAAUGUGUCAUGUUGUCUUCGACCACCCCACCCUUUUACUGUGGUGUUUAGUUGUGUGCAGUACAAGAACAAGCACAGUCAUGUCUGAUUCACACUACAGGGCCAAACCUAGCCGGGCUGAACUGGCCUGACCUGGUUAAACAUCCACCAUAGGUGCUGAAACCCACUGGAAAUGACCGAAGAAGACUAUCUGAGGCAACUCAGUGGGGGGGGGGGGGCGGGGGGGUCAAGCCGGCCGUGUAAUGUGAAGCAGGCAUUAGUCUGAGGCAAAUAAACCUGGACGACAGUAGACACUGACACGAGAGGUGUGUGUGUGUCGAGGAAGUGGGGGGCACCAACAUAAGUCACAGUGAUGACAUGAAGAGCCUGAUGAUUUGGGAAGUGCGGUGACGUGAUGAGCUUAAUGGAGUUGUCAGGAAUCAGAACAGGUGGCACCACAUCACGUGUACUUGACUGCACCUCCCUGUGGUGACAUAGUCUCCAUCUAAUCUUUCUUUAUGUCAUUCAAUAUAUUACAUUGUAGGGAAAUGAAUACAAUUGAACAAUAGGGGGCGAGUGGGUUUGCGCUAAGAAGGUACCGACAGAACAUACGCACACACAAGCACACAUACAAACUGACACUGUAGUGUAGCUCAGAUGUGGAGAUUCUACACAUACAGAAUCACUCUGCCAUGCAAUAACGAGAGGACACAGGAGCGCGCCCGUGUACACCCAGGAGAACGUGUCAUCCAGGUUUAUUUCUAAUGGUGUUUACAUUUUCUGGUGCCUAGUACAGAGAAAACGGAUAUUUUUUUCGUGCAUUUUACAGUGAAUAGACGUUUUUGUCCAAUGACUCUUUUAUUGUAAAGUUGUUGUUUUUCAUUUUUUUCCUUAUUUUUUUUGUUUCCUACUUUUACGAGUGGGUCAUUUGGAAUAAAAGUUGUUCUACAGGA